AUGGGUAAAAAAAGCAGUCUUGCUUUUUGGGACACAGCUCUAGAACGGGAACGCUUAAAAUGGGAGUUGAAAAUGGGAGGUCUUGGAAUGGGUCAGUUAAUUCCUCUCAAGGCAAAUAUGUCCCAGUCUCCGUCAUCAUCGUGGUCUGGAGGUGAAAAAGACAAUGGUAGUUUUUCGGAAAGUGAGGUUGAGCGUUGCGUUAAAGAAAUUCGCAACGAAAUGGAAAGAGAAGUAGAAAAUAGGAAAAUGUUGAAGAGGAAGGUGAAGAAAAUGGAGAGAUUGCCCACCCCAACGAGAAAUGCUAGAUCCCCCUUGCUUGUGGGGCUUCAUGCUUUGUUUUGCAGCACUGCCGAUGCUCAGAUGAUAAAGCUGGGACCAAAUCGAGCUACAAUGUAUGUGGCAUCCCCACCAUCCAUCCUGGAUGACUCUUAUCAACCAGCUUUUAAAACCCGUCUGUGCAGCGAUUAUACUACUACUAAAGGCUGCCAAUUUGGAGAAAAAUGCCAUUUUGCCCAUGGCAUUUGCGAAUUUGGAAAGCCUUUUUCUCUAACCUUUGGUGAAAGUCACCGUGCCAUGGCUUCAGGACGUUUUGCUGGUAAUCUGAGGCUACCUUUCUCACGUCGUCCCUUGAACAUUAACAAUGACCCACUCACUGCCCAAAUUAGUGUAGAUGCUUCCCUUGCUGGAGCCAUCUAUGGGCAUGAUGAUUUGAAAACUACGCUGUGUCGUUUAGGAGUUAAAAUAUUCAUCCAAGACACAAGUCAGGUGCUAAUCUCAAGAACAUUGAGCUUCAGGGCAAGUUUCAACAGCUCAAGGCUGCGAGUUCUCUGGUAA